GUUCAACUUCUGACAGCAAGCGCACCUCCAUCGUAAUGGAUGAGCGGAAGCGGGGUAUCGGCGAAUCGUCGGGCGUCCAGCCUUCUGGAGAGUCCAAGAGGAUAAGACGAGACGAGGGAAACACAAGUAGCCAUGAUGCUGCAGGUGAUAGCGAUCCACAUCACGUUAAGGACGACGACGACGACGACGAUGCCGCGUCGACGGACAAGCAGCUUCGCGAACGCAACAUGGCGUUGCGGGAUGCGUUGUUGGAAAAGAACCGCCGGAUUCAAUUCCUCGAGACCAAGUGCGGCGACUUGUUUGUUCACCGCCACGCUAUCGACGCUCGGCUCCAAGCCGUGCUCAACCAGUGGACGAUCUUGCUGAAGACAUUGCAUACGCUUCUUCCCAAUGCGUCAUCGAAAGACAUCGUCAACGACAUCAAGACGUCGUUGGGAUUCAUUGCGCCGCCCACAUCAUCGACAAGUCUCCCUCCUGGGAUCCAAUGCGAGAUCGACGCGUGGUUCCUCACCGGCACGGAACCUGCCGCGCCGCCAUCCUCCCCCGACAACGAUGCCAUCCACGGCGCGCUAACGUCUGAGCUCGACUUGGUCACGUCGUGGGUCCACACGCUCCUCGACAACACCAUCGCGCCGGACGAUUUGACCAAAGCCGCCAUCGACGCCAAGCUCGCCGCCGAGCGGCAGGUCCUAGCCUACCAGGACAAGCUCCAGACGUACAAGCUACAAGUACACGAAUUGAAGUCCGAUCUGAACAAGAAGGAACUGGAGCGGCACUCGGCCUGCCGCCGCCUCGACCGCGCCGCGACGCACAACAAGAUGACCAUCUCGUCAUCAAAGAAAGCUCUAGACAACGAGUCCAAAGAGCCAACUACAGCGGCAGACGUAGAAGGCAACGACGCCUCGAAAUGGAAGCAAAAAGCAGAUCAAGCAGACCAAUUCGCCAAAGAAGUCGCAGAUAAACUAGACAAAGCCUUGACUGAUACCCGCAAAGCUAAAGCUUCCGAAUAUGCGAUCAAGCAAAGCAUGGAUGCAUUGGAGAAACAACAUGCAGAAACCCUCGACCAUUUGCAGGAAGAACUUGCGUCGGUGAAAGGCGAGUACCAAAAGCUAAAGUAUAAAGCCAAGGAUAUUGCGGCACACAUGAGCGAUAAAUGGGGCAAAAAGCUCGUCAAAUUGUCGGCAGACAACGCCAAGCUCAAGACCAAGCUGGACGACGCGGCACUCAAAAACGCAGAGCUGCGACAGCGCGUCACAACGUAUGCAGCAUACAAGGACCAGGUGUCCGAGAUGAAGUCGCUUGUAUCAUCAUUGGAAACCGAGUUGACGGGCACAAAAGAACGACUUGAUAUGGCCAACGCCAAACAGCAGCAGCGCAAGCUGGAAACCACCGACGCCCAAGAGCUGGUGGAAGCCCACGAAAGCGAGAUCAACGCGCUAGUGGCAGAGGUGGAAGCGGUGGCCAAGGAAACCGACGGCCUGCGCGCCCAACUCGCGAAGUCUAUGGCCAAGAUGACUGCGAAGGACGCGACCAUCUCCAAGCUGCACGCGGCCGUCGCCAAGGCGGAGCAGGCCAACGCCCUCAGCUUUGACGAACUGGCCGGCGUCCGGCUGCAGGUGGCGGCACUCACGACACUCCAAAGAAACCAAAAGACCCUAGAGGCUAGCUUGCAGGAAGCGCUCAAGUUGAAAGAAGACGAGUUGACAAGUGUGCGGGACCACGUCAAGGCGGUGGAAACUCUGAAAACCGAUGCCGACAAGGACAAGAUCAAGUUUGCGAGGGAAGUGGCGCUGGCUAAGCAGACACUGCAGAUGCAAAAGCAAGUCGAGCAGUCGGUGGAGCCAACUAAGCCGUGCGAGCAGUGCCAAGUGCACCACCGACAGGAAAAGCUCCGCCAAGACAAGCUCCGUGAGGCGCGGGCGUCGUUGGCGAACAAUGGAGAUGGGGGAGGUGAAGUGUCAGAGCUAGAACGAUACGAGUUGGUGGAGCUGCGCAAGAAGGUCAAGUGCUCCGUGUGCCAAGACGCCCCAAAGGAAGUGAUGAUCUCGAAGUGCUCUCAUAUGUUUUGCAAGGAAUGCAUGGAGAGCAACUUGAAGGCGCGCAAUCGCAAGUGUCCGACGUGCAAGAAAAUGUUUGGGCAAGAUGAUGUCAAGGGGGUGUACUGGACCUAACAAGUGUUUGGAUAAAUAUAUAUAUAUAUCCCUUGUACUAUAC